AGUUUUGUGAUGAUAACAGUGUUUAUGUUCUUCAAAAUCGACUGCAAAGGCAGUUAUCUUCUGGUGUUUCUCUUAUCCAUACUUCAGGGCAUAUGUGGGAUGUGUUUCGGUCUAUUGGUGUCAGCCAUAGCCGAGAACACGAGGACAGCGCUCAUCAUAAUAGUGGGCUCUUUGAUGCCAUAUCUCAUUAUUUCGGGUAUUGUUUGGCCGCUCGAAGGCAUGGAUUCGUGGGUCCAAUGGGUGGCCACUCCUAUGCCGCAGACAUUACCGGUGAUUGCCUUAAGGAAUGUCAUAUUCAAGGGAUGGGGUCUUAAGCAGUUGGUCUCAGGAGUGACACAAACACCAGAAGAAUGUCUUCAGAAAGUGAUUCUACGAAAGUUUAUCCGAAAGACAGUUUUGAUAGAUUUGGCGAUGAUUUAUGUAAAGUCUUAUUGUCUUAUCUCUCAUUUGAAGACCGAUUCAGAUAUGAAUGUCUGUCCAAACAAUGGCAGCGAUUGGUAUUCACGACACAAACGGAUCUAA